GCUUCUCACGCCCUUCGCCAGGAGGGGUUCCCCAUCUGGCGCAAGGUGACUCGCUAUCGCACGCGAAAGAGGAGGGCGCUUUCGUUACGUGCCUCUGUAAGCUGCAGGCUUACCCUUCCGGUUUAGUAACUUUGGAGGAAUUAACUAGAUCCCCUCCUCCUCCUCCCAGCACACACACACCUUGGAAUUCCCCUCAAUCAGUGGCUGCAAUAUUUGUUGUAGAGUUAGCACUUAAAGUAGAAGCUUUCCCACGCGUGCCAUCUUGUCGUCUCCCCUCUCUCUCUCUCAACGGGACCUGCAAUGCUUAUAGCAGAACAUAGCUUCCAGCGCGGCUAGGGUUCUUUCGAGAGUUGCAAACGGUUUGUUUAAUUUAAGGUUGGUUCAGUGUCUCACAUCAUUUUCACUGGCUUGGGAUAUGGCAAAAGCAGUAGUAAUUGAUUUAUGCAGCCUAGAAGCAAACUCUUGGAAUAACUGGACCCAGAAAUCACUAAACAGGACGUUAGAAGCUGUCCGAGAGGAAGACCCUUCUCAGACUCCAUUUGUUUACCUUUUAUGUUGCAAAAUCCUCCAAAAUGGAGAAGAUGCAUUCCAUACAGAAAUGCAAAACUUUCAUUGCCCAGAGAAAGGGCUUGAGGUAGUAUGUGCUCCGAGUACAGUUGCUGCUUUAUACACCAUUAAACAAAAGUUUGAUGAAAAAGGCAUAAGCAGUGUUAAAAUCAUCUUGCCACCACAAAGAAAACCUUUAAUGAAAGAGUUUGUUGAUCAGCUUUUUACUAGUGUUUAUCAGCUUGAAUUUAAAGAUCUACAGAUGAACUGUGAAGAAACCCACCUGGAGAAAUCCACAGUUUCUCAGAGUGAAUUAAUGCCAAUUACAGACCAAGACAUUGAAACGAUCCGAAGUGAGAUAAAGAUCUUCUUAGAAAAUCUUCCUAGUCUGAAAGGGGAACUCAACAUUCUCAAAUCUGUGUUGAUUCCAGAUCAUAUCUUCCUACAUGGAUUUACUACGAGAGCAGGUGGCAUUUCAUAUAUACCAAGUCUGAGCUCCUUCAAUCUCUUCAGUAGUUCAAAACGCCGUGACCCACCAGUUGUGGUUAAGGAGAACCUCCGUAGGUUAGCCCUUGCUGCUGGAUUCAACCAAGAUAUGUAUCACAGUAUAAAGGUCAACCAUGCCAGCGAUGUUUGGGUCAUGGGAAAGGCUAAGCCAGAUAGCUAUGAUGGCAUAGUAACCAACCAGAGAGGCAUUACAAUAGCUGCUCCUGGGGCAGACUGCAUCCCUUUGCUUUUUGCUGAUCCUGUCAAAAAAGCAUGUGGUGCUGCUCAUUCAGGUUGGCAAGGCACAUUGUUGGGAGUAGCUAUGGCUACUGUGCAUGCUAUGGUGACCGAAUAUGGCUGUGAGAUCAAAGAUAUACUUGUUGUCCUGGGACCGUCUGUUGGACCUUGUUGCUUUACACUACCUCGAGAAUCGGCAAAGAAGUUCCAUAGGAUUGAUCCAAAAUGUGUAAGACAUUAUGAAUCGUCAAAUCCCUACGUUGAUAUCAGAAGAGCAACACGUGUUCUACUGGAAACUGGAGGGAUUCUGCCUCAGAACAUUCAAGACGAUACUAUACUGGACCAGAAUCAAAACCUCACUCUGUGUACAUCCUGCACCCCUGAUAAGUUCUAUUCCCAUGUACGUGACGGUGAUAAUUUUGGGACACAAAUUGGUUUCAUAUCAAUUAAAAACUGAGUGUGUCGUCAUCUCUUAUAAAUCUGGCAGAAUCUCUUGGUGCUGGCUGAUGAUGAUCUGGCCAUGUAAAGUUUCCAGCUAAAGUUUCCAUGUAAAGUUUCGAGCUUUGCUGCAUCUUGGGACCUGCAACCACCCUAAGAAGUGAUUGUUUAUUCUGGCAGCUACAGCAGGGAGGACAUGCUUGCCCACAUUUAAGGAACUCUGAACCAGCAGCAGACCACCCAACAUUCAGCUCUAGGAAUCCAGAGCUGACAUAAACGACAGUAUCCGCUCUCUUCAUUUGGCCAGUGUGGCAGCACUGUUACUAGACCUUGUAACAUUAGCCACCCUAUCAAGAAGAAAUCAUCCAAUAUAAUAGGCUCUUACCUGUCAGCAGUGCCCUUCAGCAUGUUUACAUUAGCCAAAUAGAACAGUUCCUAUGAAAGAGAACAAAUACGACCAUACAGAAGGCAGACUUUUUAAAUUCUGACCUUAGGAUUGCUGUGUGUUAACUGCAGGGUGAGGUGGUGGGGGAGGAUAGCUUGAAUAAGAUGCUGGAGAACUUGGGCAUUACUCACAAAUUGGAUAAUAUUUCUCAGUGUUUCAAGAAUAAUUAUGAUGGAUUUUUCAAUGCAAGAAGAAAUUUUUUCAUUUGCUACAUAUUAAGUUUCUAUAUAUGACCACCCAAAUUUGGGUUAUCUGUUGCUAACCCAGGUUUGCAUGCACAUGUGAACCAGGCAAAGCACCCAAGCCCAGGCUGUCCAAAUCCAGGUAGCCCUGCUUCUAACUCUGGAUCUUAACCCAGGUUAGUGCAGAGCAGGGCCCCUGUACAUGGGUUUGUGGAUCAUAGGCCCACUUUCCGCUCUGCUUGAGGGUCCUGGCAGCCUGCUGCCAUGUUUUUAAGAAAGUGCUGUGGCUGGAGGAGCUGUGCUCUGUGAAUGUGCCGCUCUGCACAGCCCACUUCAUGCUCACUUUCUUAAAAUGGCUGGAAUGGGGCUCGUCCCACCUCCUUCCCCAUUGUGGCCAAUUGGAGCAUGGCUGCUAACAUCAUGGGGUUCCCUUCUCCUGGCUGUGCAGUGCAUUGUGGGAAGGUUCCAGGGCCAGACUGGGCACUGAGAGGGCGGUGGAAUGUAUGUGGAGAGGGUUCCGGGUUUUGAGCAGAAUGGGUAAUUAAGGGUGGGAGUUGGGGUACAGGGUGCACGGCGGGUGGGACACAUUGGGAAUAUGCCCUGUGGGCCAGUCUGAGCCUGGAAGGUUCUCUCAAUUCUCAGAGGCCUUCGUUCCAAGCUCACCACUUUGGGAGCAAGGGUUGUGGAAUCCAACGGAGGCUCUGCUUGUCUGCCCAGGAUAGGGUGAGGGCUCUUCCAAGCCCCGAACCCCACCCGCUUCUGAUUGUGUGCAAACCCACUGUAUUCUUGUUGAACACUCCCAUGUAUCACCAUUUGCUUUCCCCCUGCCAUUGCUUUUGUCUUUUGUAUCCCCAUCUUUUGAUUGGAUGUUUUCUCAAGUAUAAAUGAACUCAUAUGUAUCUGUUCUAUA